UUCUCGCUGAGGCUCUCGGAGGCAACGCUGCCGCGGUGGAGACUAGUGCAGCCGGCCGCGGUUCAUAGGAUGGUAGAGCAGCAGACAGAGGAGGCGCUGCCGUCGGACCUCCACACCCAAACCCCCUCGGAGAGCAGUGACUGCAAAGCUCCGCCAAAGAGGCUCCACGUCUCCAACAUCCCCUUCAGGUUCAGGGACCCCGAUCUCAGGCAGAUGUUUGGCCAAUUUGGCAAAAUCUUAGAUGUGGAAAUCAUCUUUAACGAGCGCGGCUCCAAGGGCUUCGGCUUUGUGACCUUUGAACUCAUCGCCGAUGCAGACCGCGCCCGAGAGAAGCUGCACGCCACCGUGGUCGAGGGACGCAAAAUAGAGGUGAACAAUGCGACGGCGCGGGUCAUGACCAACAAGAAGACGGUCAGCCCCUAUGCAAACGGCUGGAAGCUGAACCCAGUGGUCUACAGUCCAGAGUUCUAUGCAGUCCCAGGCUUCCCCUACCCAGCAGCCACUGCGGCGGUGGCGGCGUUCAGAGGAGCCAACCUUCGGGGCCGGGGCCGGACCGUCUACAACGCCUUCAGGGCCGCCGCCCCCCCCCCUCACAUCCCCGCCUACGGAGGUGUUGUUUACCAGGAUGGAUUUUAUGGGACAGAUCUUUAUGGCGGGUACACGGCCUACAGAUACGCCCAGCCUACUGCUGCCACAGCUGCUGCUUACAGUGACAGCUACGGACGAGUGUACGCUGCCGACCCGUACAGCCACGCGCUCACACCCCCAGCCUCCUACAUGGGGGCCGCCAUGAAUGCUUUCGUCCCGCUGAGUGAUGCCAAGGGGCGGAGCCAAGGAGCGGGGGAGGAGCUGGGGCUGGUCCUCUCCUCUCUACAGGCCAGCCUCUACCGCGGCGGCUACGGCCGCUUCGCCCCCUACUAGCCGCGCAGGCCCCCGCCCUCCCGCUACUCCAUCUUCCACCAGAGCAGAGAGCG